AUGACCAGCAUAUUCAUGCACCACAAUCAAGCUAUUUUCCCAAACUCGCAAAAGUUUAUCCCAGAGCGAUGGAUGGACCCAGAGCAGAAGAAAAACCUCGAGAAGUAUCUGGUUGCCUUUAGCAAGAGGUCAAGACAGUGUAUUGGAAUUCCUCUUGCACGGGCGGAGAUUCUUUUGGCACUCGCCACCAUUUUCCGCGAGUUUGAGAUGGAGCUCUAUGAGACUACAGUAGAUGACGUUCGAGUCGUGCGAGACAUGUUCAAUGGCCACCCUAGGAAAGGAAGUCAGGGCGUUCGCGUGAUGAUAACAGGCUGGAAUGGACACCCUAGGCCAACUGGAAAGUCCCUAUGA